UUAUACAUACAGUAUAAGAAUCAUAGAGGCAGCAGACAGAGUGAGAGCUGUGGUAGUGUAGAAGAACUGAUGUGUGGAUGGAUGUGUUCUCCGUUUUCUCCUCUGCGUCUUUCAACUCUGUCAGUCAAAUCAGGUCUGGUCUCUUUUCUGACAUUCCUUCAAUUCAAUAGCUUUUUCCUCCCAUGUUAAAAAAAAAAAACUUUCUAGGAUAUGACUGACUGAGGUCAUGUCUGUAUGUGUGACCUGCGCUUGCUGAGUUAUGGUGUGUCAUGACUGACAGCUGGAAACCACCAAUAAACUUUCUCUGCAUUCCAAUGAUGGGCUGUUAAAGUUGACCUUAGAUAAAGGAGGAAAAGUCACAGCUGAAUAAAGUGAAGCUGAGCAUUAUCGCAGAAGAUCAGGCCUGCUGGAGGAGAGAUAAGAUAGAGAAGAGACGCAAAAGGAGCGACUGAUAGAGGAGAAAAGAGAGAGAUGAUGGAUCAUUCGUAUUCGUGGAUCUUGCUCUUGUCUCUUUCUCUCUUCUAUCAGAGUGUGUUUGCACAAGCUGAAGAGUGUCGCACAGCCUUGCCUGCGGACAUCGUGUUCUUGGUGGACGAGUCAUGGUCAGUUGGUCCUUCCAGCUUCGGCCAAAUUAAAGAGUUCAUCGCUGAAAUUAUUCGAUCCUUCCAGAGUGGCAGGAUCGGACCAGAAGGCGUCCGCUUCGGAGUCACUUUAUAUGCAGAUGUUCCAAGGAUGCAUGUUGCUCUGACGGACUACUCCACCCUGGAGGAAAUAUUAAACGCUGUGGAGGAGCUUCCAUACGAAGGAGGAGGCAGUCGCACGGGUGUGGCCCUGGAGUUCCUCAUGGAAUCUGUCUUUAGUCUGUCGAUUGUCCGGGAAAACACUCCAAAGAUUGCAGUGCUCAUUACUAACGGCAGAUCGGAUGACGUGAUCGAUGGACCGGUUAAAGCAUUGGCGGAGAGUGGCAUCUCUGUUUUCGCAGUAGGUGUGAGGAAUGCAGAUCCGGAGGAGCUGAGGAGGAUAGUGAGCGAGCCUCGUGAGGAGCACCUGAUGCUCAGCCCUGAUUCAUCCUAUCUAGAGAACCUGCUGCCCAAAAUCUCACGCCGAGUGUGUUUCACCGCCUCCGAACCUCCUCGACCUGUUAUACACACACGUCCGGUGAUGAAGAAGGUGGUCGGCCCCAGGGACCUGCAGGUCAGUGAGGUGAGCUACAAUUCUCUGCAGCUCUCCUGGAGUCAGGCCACUGGAGACGUGACGGGUUACAGGCUGCUGAUCGCUCCUGUGUCUCCGAAGGGCCAUCUGCUCCCGACAAAACCUCAACAGCUUGAUUUGAAGGCAGAUGUGGGAAAUACUAAAGUAACGGGCUUGACCCCAAAGACCGAGUACUCUCUCACUGUCUACGCCGUCUACCCCGGACAUACCGGAGAAUCCUCUACUGUAAUCGUCGAGACACUUCCUGUACCACCAGUAGCAAACUUCCGUGUGAUCGAGGAGGGGCUGUUCUCUUUGCGCUUGGCUUGGACGUAUCCACUUGGCCACGUGGACACAUACAAAAUCUUCAUCCCGAGAUCAAAUAGACCUGGGAUGAUCUAUGAGCAGACGCUGCAGGGUGAUAUCUCCUCUCAUGUGAUUGAUAGUUUGGAGGAGGAUAAGACGUACACCGUUAGCAUCUAUGCCAUUUACCCAGAGGGACCCAGUGAGCCUGUGUCUGUCAUCGGGAGAACAUUGAAGCUGGUCCCUGUUGAGCAGCUGUUGGUGGAAAACGCCACUACGGACACGGUGCAGGCUCGCUGGCUCUCGGUGAGAGGAGCAUCAGGCUACAGACUCACCUGGGCAUCCUCAGAGGGUCACAUUGAGAGUGUCAACCUUGGAGGGAACUAUAAGUUCUAUAUGGUGCAGGGUCUUCACACUGGAACAGAGUACACUAUCAGCAUCAAUCCCGUGUUUGUGGAUGUAGAAGGACCGGUGACGUCUGCCAAAGCGAAGACAUUGGAAAGCAGUGCGGUACAGUUUCUGAGGGCCACUGCAGUGAGCACCAGCAGUGCUUUAACUUCAUGGAACGCUGUUUUAGGAGCCACAGGGUACAGGUUGGCCUGGGGUCCCACUGCAGAGUUUACUGGAAGAGAUCGACCCAGGCAGCUGGCUCUCAAUAAGAGCAUCACAGAGUAUUUACUGAAAAAUCUGGUCCAUGACACGGAGUAUGUGGUUUCCCUUUAUGUCCUGUUUGGCUCCGUGGUGGGACCCGGCAUCACCGCUACUUUCAGGACAUCUCCCCUCGGCUAUGUGUCUAAUUUCAAGGUGAUAUCGUACACCAGUUCCUCCAUCAGUGUGGAGUGGAGCGCCAUUGUAGGAGCCACUGAGUAUAAACUGACCUGGAGCUCAGAGGGUGUAAGUGCUCAGAGCCGAUAUGUGGACCACAGUGUGUUACAGCACAGCAUCACCGGCCUCCAGUCAGACACACUGUACACUAUCAGCAUCCAUGCCCUGUUUCGGAACAUAGAGGGGCCAGAAAUCUCUCUCACACAAAUGACAGCAGCUUCCUCAGUUGAUUCAGAGCAAAUCGAGACAGUAAGGGAACUGAAGAUGAUUGACAUCGGAGUAAACUCUUUCAGCCUGUCCUGGAGGAAAACGCCUGGAGUUACUGGCUACAAAAUCAGCUGGAUCCCUUUUAAUGGUGGAGAAAAGAAGAGUGCAGUAGUUUCCUCAUCCAUCACUUCAUACACCAUCACUGGACUGCCAGCCAGCUCUGCUUACAAGAUCCAGGUCUCAUCGUUAGUAAGAGAUCGGGAAGGAAGUUCUGCUACGGUCACAGCGCGGACCUUGGACCUGCCUAAAGUGAAAGGUUUCAGUGCUCUGAACAUCACUGAUGAUAGCACUGCACUGAACUGGACCAGGGUUACGGGAGCUUCUGGGUAUCUCCUCUCUUGGAGACAUAUAUCAGAGCUUGAGAGUACCACUGAAAUACUUGGACCUGGUUUCACUUCAUUUAAGAUAAAAAACCUGCAGUAUGGAAGAACUUACAUCUUCGCCAUUCGGCCUCUCUAUGGAGAGGUAGAGGGUCCCAUCACGACCAUUACCAAACGGAUCAUAGGUGCCUCCCACCUCACUCCUGUCAAGCCUGCCACACCGAACCCUGUUCCAGCCAGCAAAGUGUUCAGCGUCAACACUACAGCCAUCAAUAACACCAGCAAGACCACCAUGACUCAGAGACCUACUGCCAAGCCCAACCUGACUGUCACUAAAACAGCCCAAUCCAUCACCAUGCUCACUACUGCAGCUAGAAACCGAGCCACGCCGUCUGCUCACACCCCUCCAUCUGGACCUGUGUGUGGCAGGGUGAAAGCAGACAUUGUGUUUCUGGUUGAUGAGUCCUGGAGCAUCGGUUCUAAUAACUUUGGCAAGCUGAAGGACUUCCUGUUUAGGAUUGUGACUUAUUUCCCUGUAAUUGGGCCACAAGGCACCCAGAUAGCUGUAGUUCACUACAGUGAUCAACCCAGGAUCGAGUUCAGCCUGAACACUCAUAGAGAUCGCAGCUCUCUGCUCAGAGCACUGAGGCAGGUUCACUACGGAGGAGGAAACACCAGAACUGGUCGAGGGAUCAGUUAUGUUCUGAGGGAACUGUUCCGGGAAUCUCUGGGGAUGAGGCAGAACGCUCCUCACGUGCUGGUCUUGGUGACAGAUGGGAAAGCCCAGGAUGAUGUGGAACCACCCUCCAGAGUAGCGCAUGUUCUAGGUGUGAGUGUGCUGGCCAUUGGCAUCGCAAACGCAGACAUCCAUGAACUUAAAAAAAUAGCUUCACCCGCCACCUACAAGAACAUCUUCUUUGCUGCUGACUUUGAUGAUCUUCCUUCCAUCGAGAGAGAGGUGAUCAGCAGCAUCUGCAGCGAGGCUCUGAUGUCUGAGUUUCAGCACCAUAAAGAGCCUGCCCAACUGGACAUACCAACAAGUGACCCGGUAUCUGUUUCAAAGCCUGAGGGUCCCUGUCCGAUCCAGUGCAAGGGUCAAAAAGGAGAAAAGGGGGAUGCAUUCGGACACGGUGGUCUGCGCCCGAAGCUAGACGGCACUGAAUACGAUCCGUUCACCUUAAAGAUUAAAGGGGAGAAAGGAGAGAGGGGUCUUCCUGGGACGGAUGGCAUACCUGGGGUACCAGGACGACCAGGUCGAACCGGACCUCCUGGUUCUGCUGGACUAAGGGGCCCUCCUGGUGUUCCUGGGGAUAUGGGACCGCCUGGCAUUACAGGGCCGAAAGGUCAGCGAGGGGAGAGAGGAGAACCUGGAUAUGCAAUAGGAAGCAUGGAUGUUGUCCUGGGACGUAAAGGAGAACCAGGACCAUCUGGUCCUCAGGGACCUCCAGGCAUACCAGGGGUUGCAGGGCCUCCAGGACUCCCGGGACAGUCUGGACCACCCGGCAUUCCCGGCAUUUCUGUAAAGGGUGAAACUGGAGAGCCUGGUCUUAAAGGUCCACGCGGGAAGCCAGGACCCAAAGGAGAAAAGGGGGAAGCUGGAGAAAAUGGUCUAGCAGGUUUACCUGGACCAAUAGGAGUGGACGGAAAUCCUGGACUUUCUGGACAGAAAGGUGAAAAGGGAGAAAAUGGAGUUGGAAUUCCCGGUGUCCAAGGUCCACAGGGUUCUCCUGGAGAAAAGGGAAAUAUGGGGCUCACAGGGCCAGUUGGACCAAAGGGCGUGCAAGGAAUUCAGGGAGGGACAGGACCGAGUGGCCUCAGGGGAAAAAGAGGUUUGAAAGGGGAUCAAGGAGACAAGGGUGAUCGUGGAGAAAUAGGGCCUAUGGGACCUCAGGGAUUAACAGGCCUGCCUGGAGCUGUUGGAUCGAAGGGUGAAGAGGGACAGCGCGGAGCACCAGGAGACCCAGCUAAAGGCAUAUUUGGACCCCCUGGGAAAAAGGGUACAAGGGGGGACAUCGGCCCGGUUGGACCUCCUGGGCUUCAGGGAUUUAAAGGUAUCCAAGGAGACAAAGGUGAAAAGGGCAGUCCUGGCUUCGGGAUUCCUGGACAGCCGGGUCCUAAGGGUGAGAGUGGUGAGAGGGGUAAUGUUGGAUUAUCAGGGAAACCUGGACCUAAGGGCAACGAUGGGGAAAAGGGGGAAAAGGGUAACAUGGGUCUCUCAGGAUACCCAGGACCGCCUGGACUAAGAGGUAAAGAUGGUUUGCCUGGUUCCAAAGGAGACCCUGGACAUCAGGGAGAGCCUGGUUCUCCAGGGCAGCCGGGAGAGAGAGGCUUCAUGGGCCUACUUGGUCUCCCUGGACAUCCAGGAGGCUCUGGUGAGAAAGGAGACCCUGGGAAAAUUGGGCUUCCGGGUCCUGAAGGUCCAAAAGGGGAGAAAGGCGAGCCAGGGAAACCUGGUCCACCUGGAACUUAUCAUUUGUCCAUGUCAGAAAACAUCAGAAUCAUCAAGGGUGAGCCAGGUGAGCCCGGAGAGCGUGGACUCCCAGGCCUUCAAGGAGAUACAGGACGAUCAGGGCCACCAGGUCCACCAGGAAAACCUGGAUCUUCAGGAUUUAUGGACUUUGCAGGUGUAUCUGACAGAGAUGGGUUAAAAGGAAUGCAUGGACCAAAGAAAGGAGAGAAAGGAGAUCCUGGGCGAGUUGGAGUUGCAGGCAUGCCUGGUUUACCUGGUGUUCCUGGUAAACCUGGUGUGGAUGGCAAGCGUGGACCAGCAGGAAAAGAUGGACAACAAGGACUUAGGGGUAGUGAUGGGAAAAAGGGAGAGAAAGGGGAGCCUGGUGUUGAUGGUAAAGAUGGGGCAAAGGGAGAUGUUGGCCCUCCAGGUUUGCCUGGUCCUCCUGUUGUAGUGUCCGAGGGUGCCUCAAUAGAUGAUUUUAAAAAGGCAUUUCCGGUACCAGUGGGUUCUCCUGGAGCAACGGGUUCUCCUGGCAUGAAGGGAGAAAAAGGACAUCCAGGAGAGAAGGGGGACACUGGUUUGCCGGGGAGAGGUGUUGAAAUGAAGGACAUUGAGGCAUUAUUUGAAUCGUAUGGCAUUAAGCUUUCUCUGCUGAAGGCGUUAAUUGAUAGGCUGCUCCAGGAUGGUAUGGAGGAAUUACUGCAUGAAAUCAGUACCAAGAAAAGAACCAAGGGACAGAGGAUAAACCCAGACUCCAACAUCAUCAGUGAAUACACUAACUCGGUGAAGUAUGAUCUCUCUAGCGAGCCAGGGACUGACGGACUCCUGACUGACGAAGUGGAUCUCGAUGAACCGUACCCAGUUUUACGAAAUGAAACCGAAGAUAGUGGAACUCUCUGGCACACCACCGUACACAGGAAUGCAGAUCCGAGCAGAACAGAGAGCAGGAUUGAUGUAGAAGAAGAAGGAGGUGCUCUGCUCGAAAGCUUCACAGAAGCACCGUCUAUUUUCAUUACUCAGAUUAACACCUCUUCAGAGAAGAUUGGUACAACAAAAUCAGAGGUAAGUAUGGAGGACGUGAGGAGUCAAGAGAACACAGUAAAGAAGACUUCUGGUGAGAAGAAGAAGGGCCGAGAGAGAGGAAAGGGUAAAGGGAAUAAAGGACGACAUAAACGACAAAGGAAGAGAUUGGACGAGCGAGACCCUGAUGAAGAGGAGGUUGUGGAUGAGACUCGUGAUGAUGAUGAUGAUUAUGAUGAUGAUGGUAGUGGUGAUGAUGGUGAAGAGUAUCAGUACGAUUAUGAGGAUGAGCUCGUUAUAGAAGAGACUGUUCUCUCCCAGGAAGAGGAAAAAGACCAGAUGAUGUACACAACCACAGAGCUUCCCCUCUCGAUAUCAGCAGUCACUCAGCAGCCGAGUGAAAGCAUGAUAUCCUCAGAGCUCGAUACACAGGCUGCAGAAAAGGGGGUCGUGUCCAGUUCUGAUGCGCAUGGAGCAAUGCCUAAAGUGAAGAGGAGUGCCCCCUUACCUGAUUAUGAGCCCUCAAGUAGUGCAAGAAAGAAAAAGAAACAGAGAAAAAAGAAGCCGGAAUACAAGGAACCAGAAACCGAGGCUGAAAUAUACAAGGAAACAGAUCUUGAAAUUGAAGUAGAAAGAGAAGUGGAGAGGCAGGCUGAAAGAGAGAGAGAGGUGACCAAGUGGGACGCAGAGGAGGAACAUGAACAAGGGAUACGGGCAAGAGACAGAGACGAGCAGAGCUCAAGAGACAGAGACGAGCAGAGGAGCGAGGAGAACAAGAAUGAGGACUGGGAUGAAGAGAGAGAGAGAGAUAGGAUGGAGAUGGAGAGGGAGUGGAUGGAGCUUGAACGUGAGAGAGAGGAGGAGUCAGAAAGGGAGGCAGUUGCGGAGAUAGAGCAAGAGAUGGAGAGAGAGGAUGUAGUGGAGAGACAGAGGAUGGAAUGGGAGAUGAGGGAAAGGAUGGGAGAGAUGGACAGAGAAGAAGACAUGAGGGCCCACAUCUCUCAGUAUGAAUUUCUGAAGGGACCUCCAGGUGAAAAUGGUCUCCCAGGACCCAAGGGUGAGAUUGGGGAAAAAGGACAAAAGGGUGAGCCUGGAAUAGGACACCGUGGUCCUGUUGGUCAGGCUGGUCCACCUGGGCAAAAGGGUGAGCCUGGAGAACCAGGACCUCCUGGAGCACAGGGCAUCCAGGGCAUCCAGGGCAACCCUGGAAUCGCAGGAACACCAGGUCAAAGAGGUGAACCAGGAGACCCUGGAGAGUCAGGUAAACCGGGUGACAGAGGAAGACGAGGAAAAAAUGGAUCACCUGGCUCUCCUGGUGCAUCUGGACAUCCGGGAAAAGAAGGGAUUCCAGGUCCACCAGGAGUGAAAGGCGACAAGGGUGACAGCAUCCCGGGGGAGCCAGGAGAGAGGGGCGUGGCUGGACUUCCAGGCCGCAGGGGCACCAAAGGCACUGUGGGGGCCAGAGGGCCACCGGGACUCAUGGGUUCUAAAGGCCUCACUGGCAUAAAAGGAGAAAAGGGGGAUAGAGGUCUACCAGGCAACCGAGGCGAGAAAGGGACUCCUCUAACCCUGCACGGGCCACGUGGAUAUAAAGGCACAAAAGGACAAGUGGGUGAACGAGGAUCUCCGGGAUUUGAUGGUGAUAAAGGGGAGAAAGGAGAGGACGGACCUCCAGGGGUGAAGGGUUUGAAGGGAGAAGCUGGGGUCAAAGGAAGUAUGGGGCCCUUUGGAGCUCGAGGGCCUGUAGGACAAAAGGGAGAAGCAGGAGAACCAGGCACCAAUGGAGAAGCGGGUCGUGAUGGAGAGAACGGACUGCAGGGUGAAAAAGGCGACAAGGGAGACAUGGGACUCCGAGGACCAAAGGGUGAACAGGGAGAGAAAGGAGAGCUUGGAUUACAAGGAGACAAAGGCAACAAAGGAGAACAGGGUUUUCGAGGCAUGCCAGGAAGGAUGGGCCUCCCAGGAAUAAACGGGGAUCCGGGCAGUAUUGGAGACCCUGGGGUGCCGGGCAUUCCUGGACUAAACGGACCCCCAGGACGAAAAGGAGAAAAAGGUAAUGGAGGUCUGUCUGGACUUGAUGGUGAACCAGGGAAAAGGGGAGAGAAGGGACCUCCAGGUUUUCCAGGAUUCCCAGGUUUUAAAGGAUCUUCAGGUGCACCAGGACCCACCGGCGCUCCUGGCCGACCUGGUCCAGUUGGACCUAAAGGGGAAACUGGACCUAAGGGAGAAAGAGGAAGGAGAGGCAGAGGGAUGCCUUGUCAGAGAGGCCUUCCGGGAACUCCUGGACAAAGAGGGCUGGAUGGUGAGAUUGGGCUGGAAGGGCAGAAAGGGGAGAAAGGCAAGCCGGGGCUCACAGUUGAGCAGGUGAAGGAUCUGGUGACCAAAGAAGUAGUGGAAAAGUGUGGGAAAGAUCAAGCAAACCUUCUUGUGAUGAACACCAAAGAUCAAGAUGAAAAGAAUAUUCUGACAGAAGACGAGGGAACGGAGGAGUCUCCUCUCGCUCAUGUGGACGAGGAGACCAAGGAGCAAACCACUCUUUCACCUACUGUUUCACAGACCGAGCCAGACUUAGUAUAUGACAAUAUCACAGGAGCUGAAAAUCAAGAGAGAAAUCAGACUCCGCGAGAACGAAAACACGCCCUCAAGGUGACGCCAGCGUCUGCCCCAGAGGUCUGUCUUGAGCCAAUGUCCGAGGGCCACUGCUCUGAGUACAUGUUGCUCUGGUACUUCCACCUGAGCUCUGGAGCAUGCCGACCCUUUAUCUACAGCGGCUGUGGAGGAAACAGAAACCGAUUCAGCACCAAACACGACUGUCAGACUUACUGCAGCCCGGGGCAGAGAGAUCCUGGGUCUUAAUGACAGCACUUGCUGAUGGGGAAUGACUUUAGGAGCCUUUUUUUUUUCUCCCAGUAAUUAAUGUUGUUACUUUUAUGACUUGUUAGUUAAUUUUUAAAUGCAACUUUACUUUCCUCGCUGUAUAUGAUUUGUUUUUAUCUAUUUGGAAUUGUCUUGAAUGUAUUUAAUUUCUCACUGUACACUGUACAUCAUACAGUAUUUGUAUACGAAGAGCUGCACGUUGCUGCACUGUGAUAUCAGAAUGCAAUUAUUAUGUUUGCUAUGUGAUCAUAGAAGUCCUUUACUAAAUGUUUACUGCACCAUUUCAGUACAUUUAUAUGUGAUUUAAAUUACACGGUCACUAUGAUCAGCACGCUGUGAUCGUGUUGCACUAACAGCUCUGUUUAUUUAUAA